CUGGAUAGAGUCGCCCUCUUCUUCUUGUCUACAACAGUAUCAUUUCAACCUGAUGACAAACGCUGUCGACACGGUGGAAUUGGACUUGAAAUCUGUGAUUUUUAAAUGUGUAUGGUUAUAUUUGCUCCGAUUUUUGCCGUAUGUGCUUUUGCAACAUGUGGAGGAUACUAUGGUCAUCUCCAGGUUAAAGUGGACUGUGCAGACAGGAGGCAGAGUAACCUCAGCAUCAACAUUGAUUUUGGCUAUCCUUUCAGAUUACAAGAAGUGCAUUUCAAGGCUCCCUUGUGUGACGCAAAGAGAGAAGAGAUACUUUUCCUUGAUGGGGACUGUUCCUCAGCUGCUCAGUUUUUCCUGACUGUGGGUGUUCUUGCUUUCCUCUACUCUCUGCUGGCAACCAUUGUCUAUGUCUUCUACCAGAACAAGUACCUGAAGAACAACAGGGGCCCAUUUGUGGAUUUUCUUGUUACAGUCAUCUUCUCCUUUAUGUGGCUGGUCAGCAGUUGCUGUUGGGCCAAAACUCUUUCUGAUAUCAAGACUGCCACAAACCCAACACAGGUUCUUCUGCUUAUCACAGCCUGCAGAGCUCAGGAGAACAAAUGUAUAGCUAUCCAGGCGCCUUUCUGGUCACGUCUCAAUACAUCUGUGGUUUUUGGUUUUGUAAACGUUGUCCUCUGGGUUGGAAAUAUCUGGUUUGUCUUCAAAGAGACAGGCUGGUACAAGACAGGUCAGAGAUAUCCAACAAGGAGUGCUUCUGGGAAACGUUCCAGUGAAAUGCGACAACGGCUCUACAGUGAGAGCAGCUUCGACCAGCCAGAGGAGAGUUUUGGUCCACAGCCCUCCAGACAAGACAGUUUCAAUCAGUCUAAGGGGGAUUUUGGUCAGCAGGUCCACAGACAAGGUAGCUUCAACCAAACACAAGUAAGCCUGAGUUUACCACAUGCAUAUCUUGGCAAACCGGUCAUUUAUGAGAGUGAGAAUACAGUGGCUUCUCAAGGGCCAAUGAUAUUUGUCAAUGAGAUGUGAUUUUAUGCUGUACAUGAACCAAUAAACAUUUUCACUUUAUGAAUACAUGAUUAUUAACUUCAGAUAAAAUGAAAACACUAAUGGUGUUCAUAAUGUUACAAAUAAUUUUGUUUUCUUCCCUCUGGAUAAAUUGAUGUAGACCAGUUGCAACUUGAAAUUAAGAAAUUAGAAGUCAUUACUUAAUACUCCUAAAGUGGUAAUCUGCAAUGUUUUGAUUUUUUGUUUGUAUUAUCUAUUUUGCAAGCUGACUUUUGUCAAUAAUCAGGUAUUGCUGCAUGCUUUUUUCUCUGUACAUCUUAGAAAUUAUUUGAGAGUGCUCAAUGCAAUUAAAACAAUAAAAGCUGAAGACAAAAUUAUAAGAGGGAUGAUUGAAUAUUGGUGUUACUCCAGUGCAGCCUUGCCAUUAGACAUCAUGUCCCAGUCAUUGAUGAGGAUAUGAAUCAUCACAAGGACAAAAGCUAAAAUAUCAUGACAAACUAGUGUUCAAAUGUAAUAAUUAUAAUUAGGUAAAACAAUUUAGUAUUCAUGCAACAUAAAAUAACCAGCAACAAACAAAAUAAAUUACAUAAAGCCAGAGAGAUGAUAACUGAUCUUCUUGCAGUAUACCUUUAUCAGCAGCAGCUUAAAAUAGAGCCUUUAAAACUUUAGCUCAGCGACAUUACAUUUUCCAUAUAUUUAGAUUACAUUUACAAAGUAAUUAGUAAAGUACUACAUGGAAGAUAUUGAUAAUGAUUUUACAAGCAAAUAGUUUUGGAGCUCAGAGUUUUUUGAGAACUUGGGCGAAUCCACCUUGUCUCUGUGUGAAUUUCUUUUUUAUCGUGGCCAUUUUUUGUUUGUUUUUACCUGUACAUUGAAAACUUUUUUUGAAGAAGAAGAAGCCACUUAAUGUAAUGUGCAGUAUACAUUAUGGUACACAUUUUGCCCUAUAGAGUAUGUUUGAUGGAAAAUGUGCAGUGUCAGUUCAUAAAUAUACAUAACCAAUGUCCUAGAGUCUCUCUAGUGUCUCUAUAAAUAUUUAAUGUUUGUAUCCUUUAUUCCUUUUGUCAUUACUGAUAGAUUUCCUGAUAUUCUAAUCAAUGUGGUGCUCUAUUGUCUCUGUUUGUCCUUUCUUUUUAUAAAUGAAAAUUGAUUUUAAAUGGAUAAUGAAUGUAGUUCCAGUGCAACUUUAAAUAUGUUAUCACUUUUAAAUAAUUUUAUGUGUACUUGUGUGUAAAUACAUGCCACAUUUUAUUAUAUUUGUGUGAAACCUGAAUAAUUCUGCUUUAAAAGAAUAUGUUGAACUGAACAAACUAAGAUGUAUAGUGUGGAAUGUGUUGAAGUGCUCAUGUUAUAUAAUCCACCUCACUAUAUACUUUCAUUGUCACAGUCUUCUGCACUAUACUGAUUAUUAAAACUAUUAUUUCACAAA